AUGGUUAGCGAAAUUCAGUCACAGUUCGACAUUGGGGCYAUGUUACAUAACAUAAGCACGAUAACGCUUACGAAAGCCCAGAAAAGAUGGCGUCUAGCUUACUUUUCGAUUUAUUUCUCAAACACUAUGUUAUCGAUAGCCAAAAUUUCCAAGAAACUAAGUCAAUACCCGAUAUCUGAGAUAGUAGCAGGACCUUCGUAUACUGCUCUUAAGAUCAUCCCGAAAGCUACUAAUCAUCCUGUUGAUCAUAGUGACRGGUUCUCGAGCAUUGACCAAUCUGAGCUCAGUGAUUUGGUGAAAAACAAAGACUUGGAGAUCGUUGGCAAGUUUAACGGUGUGGUGGGAUUGGCUGAAGCUCUUCAGACCAAUCUCGAAAAUGGGAUUAAUGGCCAAGAUACCGACAGAAGGAAGAUUGUAUUUGGUUCAAAUACGUACAAGAAGCCACCGCCAAAAGGGUUCUUUUAUUUYGUGGUGGAGGCUUUUAAAGACACCACCAUUCUCAUACUGCUAGCGUGUGCCGCCCUUUCUCUUGGAUUCGGUAUCAAAGAAGAAGGAGCGAAAGAAGGGUGGUAUGAGGGCGGCAGUAUCUUUCUGGCGGUAUUUCUGGUAAUUGCUGUAUCUGCAGUUAGUAAUUUCAGACAAGAGAGACAGUUUGACCGAUUGUCGAAAAUAAGCAACAAUAUAAAGAUAGAUGCUAUUAGAGAAGGUCGGAGGCAAAAAAUAUCAAUCUUUGAUGUGGUGGUUGGGGAUGUGGUGGUUCUUAAUAUCGGAGAUCAAAUCCCGGCAGACGGGUUAUUCAUAGAUGGGCAUUCGUUGCUGGUGGACGAGUCGAGCAUGACCGGAGAGAGUGAUCAUAUAGACAUUGAUGCCAUUCGGCAUCCGUUUUUGAUCUCUGGUUCGAAAGUGGCUGAUGGGAAUGGUCAAAUGCUUGUGAUAUCCGUCGGAAUGAACACAGCUUGGGGGAAGAUGAUGAGCUCGAUUACGGGUGAUUCCAAUGAGCAAACGCCGCUGCAAUCCCGUCUCAAUAAACUCACGUCUUCAAUCGGAAAGGUUGGUCUUGCAGUUGCUUUUCUUGUUCUUGUGGUUAUGUUAAUCCGCUAUUUCACUGGAAAUACGGAAGAUGAGGAUGGCAACCGGGAAUACAAUGGGCGACGCACGAAUACGAAUGAGAUACUCAACUCCGUUACARGUAUUUUCGCGGCGGCAGUAACGAUAGUAGUGGUGGCAAUCCCUGAAGGCCUGCCGCUAGCCGUCACACUCACACUUGCUUAUUCUAUGAAGAGAAUGAUGGCUGAUCAGGCUAUGGUCAGGAAGUUGUCCGCCUGUGAGACCAUGGGUUCAGCCACUGUUAUAUGCACCGAUAAGACAGGGACUUUGACCAUGAAUCUAAUGAAAGUUACGAAAUUUUGGCUUGGCCUUGAUCACAUAGAAGAUGAUUCUUCCAUAGAUGCAAAAGUCCUUCAACUUUACCAUCAAGGGGUCGGUUUAAACACUACUGGUAGCGUUUACAAAUCAGCUUCAGGAAACACAUCUGAAUAUUCCGGCAGCCCAACUGAAAAAGCAAUUCUUUCGUGGGCGGUCACGAAUUUGGGAAUGGAUAUGGAGAAACUGAAACAAGAUUCCACCAUCCUUCAUGUUGAAACCUUCAAUUCGGAGAAGAAACGGAGUGGCGUCUURAUUAGGAAGAAAGAAGACAAUACCAUACAUGUGCACUGGAAAGGAGCUGCUGAGAUGGUACUAGCAAUGUGUUCAAACUAUUAUCAGAAAACCGGCCUUAAAAAGUCUUUAAAUCAUGAUGAAAAGACACGCAUUGAGAAAAUAAUUGAAGGAAUGGCAGCAAGUAGCCUUAGGUGCAUCGCUUUUGCUCAUAUGCAGAUUCCAGAAAAUGAGCUGAAACACAACGAAGAUGGUACCAACUACAAAACACUAAAUGAAGAAGGAUUGACAUUAUUGGGCAUCGUUGGAAUCAAAGAUCCAUGUAGACCAGGGGUAAAGGAAGCCAUUGACCAGUGCAGGUCUGCUGGGGUGGAUAUUAAAAUGAUAACAGGAGACAAUGUUUUCACAGCAAAAGCCAUAGCCACAGAAUGUGGUAUACUUAAAGGUGAUCAAUUGGUAAGCAAAGGAGAAGUAGUAGAAGGUGAGGAGUUUCGUAAUUACACAGAUGAGGAGAGAAUGGAGAAAGUUGAUAUUAUUCGAGUAAUGGCAAGAUCCUCUCCUUUUGACAAGCUUCUAAUGGUUCAGUGUCUAAAAAAGAAAGGUCAUGUGGUUGCAGUCACAGGCGACGGUACAAAUGAUGCACCGGCUCUUAAAGAAGCAGAUAUUGGGCUUUCCAUGGGGAUUCAAGGCACUGAGGUGGCUAAGGAAAGCUCAGAUAUUGUCAUCUUAGAUGAUGAUUUCGCUUCUGUAGCCGUUGUGUUAAGGUGGGGCCGGUGUGUGUAUAACAAUAUCCAAAAGUUUAUUCAGUUUCAACUAACCGUGAAUGUUGCAGCUCUUGUUAUCAACUUUGUUGCAGCUGUUUCUGCUGGUGAAGUUCCCCUAACAGCGGUUCAACUGUUGUGGGUCAAUCUGAUCAUGGAUACUUUAGGUGCUCUAGCACUUGCCACAGAGAAGCCCACUAAAGAACUCAUGAACAAGCCGCCAGUGGGUAGAGUUGCGCCCCUUAUAACAAAUGUUAUGUGGAGGAACUUAUUGGCACAAUCUCUGUAUCAGAUAGCUGUUCUGUUGACCUUCCAGUUCAAAGGCAGAUCAAUCUUCAAUGUAAAUGAGAGAGUGAAAAACACCAUUAUCUUCAAUACUUUUGUACUCUGCCAAGUGUUCAAUGAAUUCAACGCAAGGAAGCUGGAGAAGAGGAAUGUAUUUGAAGGUCUUCAUAAGAAUCGUUUGUUUAUGGGAAUUAUUGGGGCAACUAUCGUUCUUCAGGUGGUGAUGGUGGAGUUCCUAAAGAAUUUCGCAGAUACAGAGAAAUUAAAUUGGGAACAGUGGGGAAUUUGUAUAGCAAUUGCAGCCUUAUCGUGGCCCAUUGGUUGGUUCGUGAAGUUGAUACCAGUACCAGACAAACCAUUUCUAAGCUAUAUGCGAGGGUGGAUUUAGACAGGUCUGGAUGGGAUGGACGGCCACAGCCCCCAUCCUCGGCCAGCAAAGCUCUAAUAUGUUUGGGGAUGUCAUAUAUAGUGAAGUUUGGAUUAGCUUUCCUUAUAGUAG